AAUAUAGUUAAAAGAGAGUAAUAUUGAAGCUGGAGAUUUGAACAUGGAGGAGGACGGUUACUCUUUCUCUCUACCUCGUUAUUCUCGCUCAGAUCCUCCCACGUUCCUCCUCCUUACGCUUACGCUUCGUCGCCGCUUUUCCUCUUCGGUGGAGAUCUGAUUCCCCACUACCCGAUCGUACAGAUUCGAAAUCGAAUCUACGCUCCGUGUUUCCCGCGAUUAUCGAGCUGAUAUAAAGUGUAAUCAUCUUCCUUAUUCUCAUCAUUCGUAUCUUCGAUUCCGCGAAUCGAGGGGGGGAGAGAACGAAUCUGCGAUUCUCCUCCAGGAACUUUGAAGAUAUGACUGAUGUGGAACGUGAAGCAAUUGUUUGCGAUGAAUCAGAGCUGAAUCGUUUCAGUGAUAAUGCUAGUAAAAGCCUUGUUAAUCAACUUCAUAGAGGCUUUAGUGAAAGGUUUCUCAGAUGGAGACGGAGGUUUCUUCCCUUUGGUGGAGAUAACAGACGUGGCCACGGUUCAGUGAAGCUUUCAGGACCUCUUGUUUCUGGAGCAGCUUACUGCGUCUCUUCCUGCAGCAUGAUAAUCAUGAACAAGAUUGUUCUCUCCAGUUAUAAUUUCAACGCAGGAGUCUCUUUGAUGUUGUAUCAAAACUUGAUCAGCUGUUUGGUGGUAGCUCUACUAAAACUCUCUGGAGUGGUUUCAGUAGAAAGAUUUAACUGGAAGUUGAUCAGAGUUUGGAUGCCUGUUAAUGUUAUUUUUGUGGGCAUGCUCAUCUCGGGAAUGUACAGUUUGAAAUACAUAAACGUUGCUAUGGUGACUAUUCUGAAAAAUGCAACGAAUAUUAUUACUGCGGUAGGAGAGUUAUACAUGUUCCGAAAAAGGCAGAACAACAAGGUUUGGGCUGCAAUGUUCAUGAUGAUCAUCUCUGCAAUCAGCGGAGGCAUCACGGAUCUGACUUUCAACGCGUUAGGGUACACGUGUCAGACUGCCAACUGCGUUCUAACCGCAAGUUAUUCACUUACUCUGCGCCGAGUCAUGGACAAAGCAAAACAAUCCACAAAAUCAGGAUCCCUUAAUGAGGUGUCAAUGGUGCUGCUUAAUAAUCUCUUGUCACUACCUUUUGGCAUCAUCUUGAUCAUCUUACUGGGUGAAUGGAGAUAUGUAAUAAGCACGGAUGUGACACAAGAUACAAUGUUUUGGGUAGCCGCAACAGCAAGCGGCUUCCUCGGUUUGGCCAUCAGCUUCACUUCGAUGUGGUUCUUGCAUCAAACUGGACCCACAACAUACAGUUUGGUGGGUUCACUAAACAAGGUUCCGAUAUCAUUAUCUGGUCUUGUACUCUUCGAUGUCCCUCUCAGUCUCCCAAAUUUGUUCAGCAUACUUUUUGGUUUAUUUGCUGGUGUUGUCUUUGCCAGAGACAAAAUGUCAUAAUCGUGUUUCCAAGCCAAAGUACAACUCGUUGCAGAGGCUGGAGACAAUUUUUUUUUUU